AUGGGUAAAUACACAGAUGCAGUCCUACCACAAGAGCUUCAUCUUGGACUUGCAAUGUUGGGUACAUUCUUUGUUUCCUCUUCGAUAGGAACUGUCGUGCUUUUCGGGUUUGUGGGUUUCAGCUGGGCAGCUUCCGCCUGGAUCCCGUAUGCGUUUGUUGGUGCAGAAGUGUCAUCUGGCUACUUUACAACACACGCCUAUGAAGCUGUUACGAUGAACGAAAGUCCAGUUGGUGACGGUGACGAGGAAAAGAGUCUAGAGGGUAAUAGUAUCCCGAACAUCGGAGAAUGCUUGGGGCUAGUAUAUGGCAUCCAUAACGUAUCAAUAUGUCUGCCAUAG